UUUUGUUUCUGUUUUAAGCAAAAAUUACAUAAAACUGUGAUAACCUUCUGUGAUCUGUGGUUUUAAGAUGCACAGUUUAAAAGAAUCCGUUACACACUUCCGUCAUUUUUGUCCGUAUUUACUUUAUAUUAAUUUUAUAAAAAUACCGUUUUCCUAACCUAGCUUUUAGCUUUCCAGCAGCUCGUUAGGUCCUCGUCUUUAUCUAUGGUUGUGUUGUCAUGAGUUCAGACGAGUGCGAUUUAAAAGAUGUUGAAGCCAAUUGGAAUAAAAUCGAACGCGAUUUGAUAAAGGUUGGACUAAAAGAUGGUUUAUCAGACGGUCGCGACUCAAAUUUUCAAAGUAGUUUUGAUAAAGGCUAUGCAGAUGGAUUCCAAAACGGGUUUCAGUUAGGAAAACUACAGUUUAUGAGGAGUGUAACAAAUAACUUGGCUAGUGCAGAAGCAACAGGAAUUCUAGAUAAAGCCAGCAAAGGAAUGUGUAUUGUAUGUACUACCGGGAAAGACAAUGAAAAUGUAGCGGAAAUCAGAAGGAAGCAAUCAGAAUUGUUAGCUUUGACCGUUGCUGGGGCUUUAAAAUACUAGACUUACUAAAGUAGUCUUAAUAUAAUAAUAUAUUUAUUAUUUGAA